CAACGGACCGCUGAUUUGAAAGUUAUAAGGAGCGGCGUAGAUGCUAAAACCCUUAAACCCGCGUAUUAUCCAAACUGCUACCCGAAAAGCUUCAGAAGAAGAAGAAGGGUCGGGAAGGAAGGAGGCAGUGACCUCGCCCUCUUUUGUGUUCCUCCUCCUCCAUCACAAUUUACAAUUACAGUUUACAGCUCGACGCAGCAAGAAAUUGUGUAGAGCACCCCAGAUGUUCUACCUCAGCCGAAUUGAGCACACGCUCCGUCUUCCACCUCAUCUGCUCAGCCUUCGUCUAGAAGAUGCGGUUAAGGGAGAGCUCGAGAAGAUUUUCCUAGAUAAGGUUAUUGCCAAAUUGGGGCUCUGCAUUUCUGUCCACAGUAUUCAAUCCAUUAAAGAUGGAUUUAUCCUACCUAAUGAUGGUCAUCCAACUUUUAGGGUGGAGUUCACACUAAUUAUGUUUCGUCCAUUUGUGGGAGAGAUAAUUUCUGCAAAACUUAAAGAAUCUACUGCAAAUGGUUUACGCUUGUCGCUUGGAUUUUUUGAUGAUAUUUAUGUACCAGUACAUCUUUUGCCAUCUCCAUCCUGCUCCGAGCCUGACCCAGAAAAGAGGAACAACGUCAUUUGGAUAUGGAAAUGUCCUGAUGCAGAUGAUCUUGCUGUUGAGUGGACGGAUGAGAUAAGAUUCCAAGUUCAAAGUGUGACCUAUCCACCAAUUCCAAUUGAGCAGCCGGAAGAUGCGAAACCAUUUGCUCCUAUGGUGAUUACUGGAUCAAUUGAUUAUGAUGGUCUUGGCCCUCUUAGGUGGUGGGACAAUGCGGAAGACAAGGAUGAAGAACCUGAAGAUCCUUAAGCUUACGGACCUUUAGCAAAGGGGAGCUCUAAUAGUUGCCUGUUUUUUGUUAUCGUGUUUGAAAGCGCCGAGACAAUUUGGUUUGAGCCUGUAAAUUUUCCGCUUUAGAUUAUAUACAAACUAAUAUAGGUUGAAUUAGCUUGAUCGGAAGAUGGACAAUUUCAUCGGUUUAGGGUGUAAAAUACAAUAUCUGUAGGAAUUCUAAUCGGCUUAACUCGGGGGCUUUGUUGGUUUUGACCUCCUACCCCAUUUGCAAUACAUGAAGUUUUUGGCCGAAAAAA